AUGCAGGACGAGCUCGACUGGGAAAAUGCUCCUGAGAACCCGUACAACUGGCCGAGAUGGAAAAAGGCACUGACUAUCUUUGCAUUAGCUACGAUGGGUCUCACGAUUUCCAUUGCGACAUCCAUCUCCUCCUCAUCUGUCAACCUUCUGAUGGAAGAGUUUGGAGUCAGUCGAACCGUCGCCUUAUUGCCUCUCACCAUGUAUGUUAUUGCUCUCGGCAUUGGCCCUGUCAUCGGCGGUCCCCUCUCCGAGACCAUCGGACGGUAUCCCGUCAUCAUGGGCGGCUUGCUCAUUGGAGCUCUCUGGACUCUUGGAGCUGGCUUGGUUCACAACUUUGGCGCUCUGUGCUUCUUUCGCUUCCUCUCUGGCUUUUUCUGGGCUCCUAUCCUGGCCAAUGCUCCUGGAUCUCUCUCGGAGACGUUUAUGCCAAAGUCGCGAGGCCCAAUCAGUGCCAUUUUCAUUCUGACCCCCUUCUUGGGUCCCGGUCUUGGUCCCGUCAUCGGCUCUUUUGUUUCCGUCGACAAGGGUUGGCGAUGGACUGAGUGGACAAUGCUCUUCUUCGCUGCUCUCAGUCUUGCUCUGGGAUGCACAAUCGGAGAGACUUUUCACCCUAUCCUCAAGCGUCGUCUAGCUAAGAAGAAGGGCAUCGAGCUCCCUCCGCUCCCUCCCAUGAACGAGCGCAUCAAGACAUUUGCUGUCGUUGCAGCCAUUCGACCGAUCAAAAUGCUCUUCAGCGAGCCCAUCGUAACAUUCAUCUGUCUCUACGUCGCCAUCAACUUCGGUACCCUUUUCAGCUUCUUUGGUGGUGUCCCUUACACAUUUGGCACUGUAUACCACUUCACAACUGAUCAAUCCGGUCUGGUCUUUAUUUCCAUCGUUAUCGGUUGUUUCCUCGGUCUUGCCACCAUCAUGGCCUGCGAAAUCUUGCUCUACCGAAAGCAGAUCCCCAACUUUCCGCCUCACAGGGUGCCUCCGGAGUACAGACUGUAUCCCGCCAUGUUCGGUUGCUUUGGCCUUCCCAUUGGUCUCUUCUGGUUUGCCUGGACUGCUCGCAAGGAUAUUUCAUGGGCGAGCCCGGCAGCAGCCAUCAUUCCUUUUGCGUGGGGAAACCUUUGCGUCUUUGUUAGCACCAUGCAAUACACUACCGAUACCUUUACUGGAAAUGUCGUCGCGAGCGCCUCCAGUGCCAACAGUUUGGCACGAUACGGUUUUGCGGGAGUAUUCCCCCUGUUUACGAUUCAAAUGUACACCAACCUCGGCAUUGACUGGGCCAGUAGUCUGCUUGGAUUCAUUGCUCUGGCAUUGAUCCCAAUUCCUUGGGUCCUUUUCAAAUUCGGUCCUCGAAUCAGGGCCAAGAGCAGGUUCGAGACGCACAAGUACGAGUAA